CUCUAUUUUGCUCACAUUUAAAAUAUAAAUAACUUUGUUACACUUUUAUAUUUCUAUAUUUCCAUAUACUAUUGAUAUUCUUAUUUGAUUAUUUUUGACAUGCCAUCUUCUACAAAGCGCAAAAGAAGCAACAGUUUACCUUUACCUCCGUCUCCGCCUCCGCCUCCGGCCCCAGCUACGCUUUUACUGUUAUCUCCUUACGACCAAGAAAGAUCGAUCGGCGAGCCCGCUGCGGUGUCUCUGCCAACCUUGCCUACUGUUUUUGGAGCCAGUGUGAAUGAGUUUCCCGGCUGUCAGCGGCCAGACAGUUCUGCCGCUAACCCCAAGACAUUGGCUGCUCCUGUUAGAGCCCUGUGCUUCGAUGGCUAUCCCGCACGUGUGACUGGUGCAAAGCCUGGAGCCGGCUCCGGAUUUGCUGUUAGCAAGUCCCAGGGCCACAUUGUCGUCGAUAAGACACUUGUCUGCAGAGGGUUCUGGGAUGUAUCUAGUCGAAUCAGUUUAUUUUGCCUUCCGCGUCGCUUCGGAAAGUCAUUCAAUUUGUCCGUUAUCAGAAUGUUUUUUAGCUCGAGGUUUGAGCAGAUAGGUACAGGGCGUGGACACAUGGACAACGGCACACUCGAUUUGGAUUUACGAACGGACUUGCUUUCCAAAAACAUUAUUCUACGCAAAAAAUUGUUCAUUGGCUCGCUCCUGCGCACAUUGGAUCCGGCGUUUUUUGAGGAGCACUUUGCAAAAUAUCCAGUGGUGUUCCUGGACUUUAGUAGCUGCAGGAGUGCAACUGCCGUCGGGCUGAUGAAGAAGUUGUGCGCGGUUUUUGCAAGCCAGGCGGCCAAAUGGAUCAAGGACCUCGAGGAAAACCAACUGGAGCUCAGCAUAUUGUCUUGGGAAGCGCACGAGCGAGUCAUCGAGUUUAUCAAUGAAUUUUCCAGACUCGAUGCUGCAUCCGUCGGCAAUUUUGACAUAUACGCACUCUUGAUCACCGGGUAUUUCCCGGACAUUUCUGAGUUUGUCGGUGAGCAAUAUGGCAAGUACAUUUUGUUGAUUGACGACUACGACACACCGUUUCUGGAAAUAGAAAAGUCCAACUGGGAUUCUGGCACAAAAAUUCGGGCAACGAAAGUGAUGAUUGACCUGUUCCAGAUCAUGCUCAAGACUGAUGAGUAUGUUCUCAGAGGCCUGGUCAUGGGCGUUUUCAACGUUCCCUUGUACGACGGAAUAUCUGGUGCUGACAAUGCUUUUACAAUUUCAGUCGGUCCUAGCAUGAUUUAUGGCAACAUCUCGGAGGCAGGGGCAUAUAAGCCGCCGCCGCCUUCGAUGGGCGGCACUCAUGCGUUUAUCGAUUCAUUUGGGUUCAACGACAAGGAGAUCUUGCUUCUCAUCGAUAAAUUUAAGAUAUGCGUUCCAGCGCUCAAUGGCCACGAGAAUGUCGCUGUGGAUACCAUCCACAAGUGGUACAAUGGCUACUACAUCGCAGAAUUUAAGGGCAAACUCAAUCCCUGGUCCGUCUGCAUGUACCUGAUGACUUUGGAGCACACGUUGAACCACAAUCCAAAGUUCAAAAUGGGCAACGUCAUUCAGGGAAUUAAUUCGGCUGCCAAGCGCUACUGGGCUGACUCCACUUUUGCCCAGAAAAUUGAUAUCGAGCUCAUCUGCCCCAGAGACUACGCCUUUGAUCUGGCUGCCCGCCUCAUCAGAGAUUUCGCUCAGCAGCAGCCCGGACACACAAUUGAUGUAGGUCCGGGCUCAGACUAUACACGCUAUGACCCCAUUGCAAUUGCUCACGGAGACCAUGAGCCCAAAAACGAGCCUGAAUAUUACGACAUGGGCAAGUCCAUUAAAGUGUUUCUGAGUGCUGGGUAUCUGACAUUUAAAACACCCACAUUGGUCUGCAUUCCGAACCUUGAGGCAUAUUAUUACUGGCGCUCCAAUUAUAUGCGCACAUUAUUUGGGCCAUAUUGGGCCAAAAUCAUGUCAUUUCCCAGGAGCUUUCUGCUGAGUGACUUGUGGAAUGGCCGCUUGUCUCGGCUGUGUCUGUUGGUGGGAAGUGGAAUUGGCGUUUUCAACAGUAGUUGUCUUGAUAUGGACAAGCAGUACGCCAUUCGUGCGUCCAUGGUAAUCAUACAUGCUGCUCGUCUCGGCGCACUCUGCCAUCCUAACGAAGCCAAUGUACAAUUGAGCAACAUAAAUGUCCAUCAUUACCCGGGUCCCACCACGGAGCACAAUUGUUUGGUCAUAACGCUGCCAAAUCACCUGAACAUGCGAGACAGAUUUGGAUUGGUUGUUCAGUUUAAAUAUGUGGCUGAUGAUAGGCAGCGAGACAUUGAUUAUAUCAGGAGAUGCGCUGAAAUGGGGUUGGCUGAAGUUAAUGGUGACAUGUUUUCCAUGGAGCUGGAGGGGUGCAUUGAGUACAUCCAGGUCUUUCUGGUUAUUGGUGAUAAUUGUGCAUUUGGAUUGUGCCGCAUUUAUCAGCGUCCGAAAGCCGUUAAGUAGCCAGGUUUAGUGGGAGCUUGAUGAUUAUUUUGUUCGCAUUAUUAGUAUAAU